AUGCGGAACUUACCAAUACCUUCAUUGUUGAUUGAAGUAUUAUUUAAUCCAGAGAAAUUAAAAGAACUAGUGUCAAAAGAUCCAACCGAUUCUUUAAUUGAAAAAAUUGUACAGGAAUCACUUGAUUAUCAUACUCCAUAUUCCUCUUACAACAACAAUAGCAGUAAUCUUCACUACAAUACUAGUAAUAGUAAUAAUCAUCAAUAUCAACAUUCUAAUCAACCGCACUAUUAUAAUAAUCCAUAUCAACAACAACAACAACAACAACCAUAUAUAAAACCUCCUCCUGUAAACCUCUACUCACAAGCAUCAAGACAACAAAGAUUAUUGAUCCCUGGUGUUCCACCAAUGGGAAUUGAUCCAAUUAUCAUCGCUAAGGAACAUAAUUGGGAAUCAUUAAAUGAAUAUAAAAAAGCAGAGAUUGAACUUCGACAAUUAAAAUUACGAAAUUUUCAGAAAAAAGUUCGUCAAGACAUUCUCAAAUAUAAAAAUCAAGUCACUCUACUAGCAUCAUCAACAAAUCGUUCCAUUUACAAGAAAUUAAAAAAAAAAUCCAUGCGCGACUUAAAAUUAACUGAGAGACUAGAAAGGCAGCAACGUGAAGAUUAUCAAAAACAUCAAAAACAAAAACAUUACAGUUUCUUAAACAGAGUUUGUAAUCAUAGUCGCGAAGUAAUACAAUGGCAUCGUGCAAAUCAAUCUAAAAAAUUGAAAUUUGGUCGAGCUGUUCUAAAUUAUCAUGCUCAGAUCGAGAAAGAAGAGUUGAAAAAGAAUGAUCGUUUAUCAAAAGAACGUUUGAAAGCUUUGAAAAAUGACGACGAGGAGGCUUACUUGAAGCUUAUAGACAAAGCAAAGGAUACUAGAAUCGCUCAUCUACUGGAACAAACUAAUGCAUAUCUUGACUCUUUGGCACAUGCUGUUGUUGCACAACAACAUGAUGAGGUGCAUGAUAAUCCUUCUGUUAGAGGUGGGAUUGAACUGAUGGACAAAGAUGAUGACACAUUUGCAAUUAUGAAUGGUAAAAAAAUUGAUUAUUAUCAAGUUGCUCAUAGAAUUAAAGAAGAAACUAUCUCAUUAAUAACUUAUCUUAUAGAAAAGAAGAAUCAAAAUGGACCAUUUUUGAUUGUAGUUCCAUUAUCCACAUUAACAAAUUGGACAAUUGAAUUCGAAAAAUGGGCACCGUCGGUCAUAAAAUGUGUUUACAAGGGUACACCAUCUGCCCGUAAAGAACUACAAAAAGAAUACGUCAAGCAUAUAAAUUUCCAGGUCUUACUUACCACUUAUGAAUAUAUAAUUAAGGACAAGUCAGUUCUAGGGAAAGUGAAAUGGGUUUAUGUGAUUGUUGAUGAAGGUCAUCGUAUGAAAAAUGUCAAUUCUAAAUUGUCAAUGAUCUUGACCAAUAAUUAUCAAUGCCGUUAUCGAUUGAUUCUUACUGGAACACCGUUGCAAAAUAAUUUACCAGAGUUGUGGUCGCUGUUGAAUUUCAUAUUACCAAAAAUAUUUGAUUCUGUUAAAA